CCAUAGUGCAUCACUAGACAAAUAAACUUUCGUUUUCUUUCGUGAGGAAUAUUCAGCCUUUUGCUUGUCUCAAAAACGUCCAUGAAAACCUAACGACGAACCAAAAAUCAAACGCUUUGAUAGGAUCAGGAAUGGCCAUCCCACACGAAGUGCUGGCGUACGGUUGGAUACCAUUCACAGUGGUCGUUGUUGUAAGUUUAUCGUUACUUAAGGUUCAGCCAUGGCGUAUAUACUCACUGUUUUGGUCACAUGACAUCUGCAUCUUUUUGUAUCGAAAUCUGUAACAUUUAGUGUUGCGAAUAUCUUCAUCUAGCUGCACAUUGCUGAGGAUGCAAGUUAUGGGAUGUUUUAUGUAUAACGCCAUUGUAUUUUAGAGCAAAGCAUCAGUAUCAAAGACAAACAAUUGCUUCCGCAAUGGUGUUAUUUUAUCAAUCAAUUGUAUGCAUAAUGAAGUAUUGGGUUAUAAGAGUCUUACCCAAGGUAUUCCUUGAAAUGCCAUCAGAUUCCCUAAUAGGAAACAAGGUGGACUUCUCUGUUCGCUGCUUGUUUUAAACGUGAUCAUGCUUUUGUCUGAGUUCUCCAAGGGACAUUUACCACUAACUUCAUUAAAUUUUUUUACCCAAUGGAAAUGAGUGCCUUAAUUUUGAGUGUGUUUCAAUUUUUCCUCAACAAUUCUGAAAAAUUGCCCAACUCUCAGCUAGUUGGCAGACUAUGGCAGAACUUGACAAGAUCUUGUGCAGGCAUAGGCAAUAGUGUCUUGCGAAAUGUAUGGUUAAAAAGGAAAAACUUGCAUGGGCAUCUGCAGUACUCUGCAUACAGGACUCUGAGUCUGCAGAUGAUUAUUCUUUGUGGCUAGUUGUUCUACAUAAACAAAAAUCCCUUUAAAUUGCUAAUCCAAUAUCUUUACUGUAGCCUACAUCCUUUCCUCAUACAUUUAUAGGAAUGAUUAACACUUACUGUUGUAUUAUUUGCAGUUAAUCUUGAUUUUUUCAUGGUUCUACAUCCGUUACUAUCAAGACCAUGCUCAGUCUGAGGUGUCCUCUACACUCACAGCUAUUUUGGCCCUCAGUGUUUGUCUUCUCACUGUUGCCCUGGUUCCUGUGGACAUUUUCUUGGUUUCCUACAUGAAAAAUGAUGAUGGAAGCUGGAAGGUAUAUAAAAUGUAAAACAUAUAAAAAUCAAAACCACCAGAUAUUGAAUAUGUUGUUACUAAGGUCUGCUUGGACAAAGGAAAACUGAUGAUAAAAAAAGCCAGUGCUGCCAAAACUUAUACAUUAGAAUACACUGAUAAGUAAACCAUAGUUACAUAUUAUAUAUAUUAUAGUGUUUGAGCUUUUAUGAUAUUCCAAAAUCAUGUUAAAACAGGUUCAAUCUGAUGCAUUCUCAACUAGCUCUUUUUCAUAUCAUGUUUCUAUACUGUAGACAAAAGUCAAAGUCAUUUAUUAGAUAAUUAAUUCUAAUUACAUAGGCAAUCUGAAAUUCAGUUGCUCCUUUAUUUGUAGGAGUGGAGUGACAAUGAGGCUUUGAGAAAUGACUUCAAGCAGACAACUGCUGUAGGAUAUUAUGGUGAAUUAUACUAUUAAAUAUUAAUGACAUUAAAAAAGUCAAUUUGGAUUAAGUGGUGAUGUGUAUUUGUGAAAACAGAGAAUAGAAGAGUGAUGUUAAAGUUGAUUAUUAGUCUUUGUACCAUUAGAUAAUAUGUUUAACUUAGAAUGGAAGUUAUGAAAACAAGUGAAGUUAAAGAAGAACAACCUGUUAGGGCUAAUGAACCCAGACCUUGCAGUCCAAUAUAAAGCUAACCAUUCACCAGUCUUCUUUGUACAUGCAGCUGUGAGAAGUUAAGAUGUUUUAUGCUAUUGUUUUGCCUUGAAUGCAACUACAUGGAGAUGCUUGUGAAUUGCUUGUAUUUCUUGUCUUAAAUUUGUGAUUUUAUUUCAUAGUGCUGUAUUCCAUGGUGGCUUUCUUAGCAUUUGCAGUAAUGCCUUUCAUGUAUUUCUACUAUGAAGAGAAAGAUGAAGAUGCCACUACCCGACAGGUAUGAGAAGUUAAACAAUACUUUGUAUGCUUGCUUGAUCAAAACUCUAAUGGAAGAUGUUUCCACUUUGUUUUGUUUCAGAGGAUGUGUGGUGCCCUCAAGUACACCAUAGGGUUUUUGAUAGUUGGCAUCGUCCUUCUCCUUGUUGGGUAAGGGUCAGAUUUGUGAAUUUAUUUGUAAAUGUUGCUUCAUAUUUGAUGUAACAUAUGGGAUAUUACUCAGAGUUUUCCAUUGCAAGCUUGGCAUUUUCUUUCAAGUUUUUAUGUUUCGAUUACAGCUUGUAAAAUGGUAACAAUAUUGACAAAGCAUUUUGAUUUGCAGAGCCUUUGCACCCCUGAAGCAACCUUCAAAAAAUGUGACGCAUUGGGACAAGAAGCUUUUGUAUAUGAAGGAUGAAUUAUUGCACACUCACCGUAAGAAGAUUUGAUCAUAUGUAUGAUCUUAAUUCAGGAGGGGAUUUAUGAGCUAACUUUGAUGUUGCUUUGUAGAGGACAUAAUUCUGUUAUAACAAAAUAUGAUUGUGGUAUGAUAUUGACACAAAUCAGCAGUACAAAGGCUACUAAAUGUUAUUUGUUUUUCCUUUAGAUGGAGAAACUUCUUUGGCCCUGGUCAUGGGCUUUCUCUCCUUCAUCGGCAUGGUUAUUAUGAUCACAUACACUGUACGUAUUUUAUGCUUACCUUCACCCAAACUUUAUGAAUUUGAAUUUGGAACAAGAAGAAUUAACAUUUAUUAAAAAAUGUAUGGAGUAGGUGGGGUAAUUCAGUAGUAACGUCUCUUUUUUGUUAUUUUUCAGGCUUAUGGCAUGACUUCUUUGCCUUUUUCAAUGCUGAAAGGAUUCAAGAACUCCAAAGUAAUUGAUGUUCUAAUACUUAACAAUGCUCUAUGCUGUCUGACACCAGACGUGUCUGCAUCUGACUUUAGCCCUUUAUUUGUCUCAUUCUCCAUCCCUUUUUUCUUUUCACUAUUUAACUAGGGCUUGCAUUCUUGUGUUAUAUUUUCCCGGACCUGUGUUCAAUGCUUGUAUUCUUCCCCACACUUUCAGUGAUUAAGAGCUACAUUUUGUAAAUUUAAAUGGUUGUUUUCAGAAAGAGCAUUUGGAAGUUAGCCAGGAACGUGAAUCAGUAGAGGAGCGUGCUCGAAUGAUCCGUGCCAAGUAUAUGGAUGGUCGUGCAAUGAGCAGUCAUGAUAGGAGGACUCUAGCAAGGCUGGAAGGGGAGGAAAAACUUCUUGUCAGAAGAGAGAGACAUCUUCAGGCAGCAAACCUUGGCUGGCUUAACAAGUGCCUGAAGUGCUGUCGUCCUUUUGAAGUUGUAUUUGGAAUUUUCUUUCUGUUGUUUGGCCUUCUGAUCAUUGUAUCCCUGUUUCUUACCAGGCAAGUUUUGAUUGUCAAGUCCUCUGUCAUUGAUUUACUGAACAAAACCCUUAAAAUGAGAUUUAAGUGUUAAUUUGUUUAAAACACUACUUUUCCAGCUUGGACAAGGCCCUGCAUUCAUUGGGCUACAAAGCUGGUUAUGCACUUUCCAAACCCCAGCUUCCAAAUCCUAUCAAUAUCAUUAUGGUGUAUGCACAGAAGGUAACACUUUUAAUUUUGUCUUUAAGGUUAACUCUGAGGAGAGAUAUGUUGAACACUUACCAGGAGUAUAGGGCAAAGGAAAUAUCUGAGUCCCCUAUAACAGUUCAAACCCCAGUUGCUUCUGAUUUUGCAGCUGGAUACUAUAGUAAAUGAGCUAAACAGAAAAUUUUAGGCAAGUCAGGCUAAACUUAAAGUUCAUGUGUGGAGAGCAUCCUUUACAAUGUUAAGAUCAAAAUGUUGGAAGUAUCCUGUAAAUAUGUAGAGUAGGACAUGUGGUAAAGGUUAGUUUGGGCUAUAAGAGAAAGGAAAAUUUUAAACAUUGAUUUUGUCUUGGGAAUGGGGCAAGGAAAAAUUGCAAUGUAUCAUAACUUGCAGUCUCAGAUUUUUGUAACAUUAUAGGUUUUUCCUCUGGACUACUGCUUGUUUGUGGCUAUUGUCCUUUACUUCCUCUAUUGCACCAUGGCAGGAAUCAGAGCAAUCAGCAUACGUUGCUGCUGGAUCAAAGUAUCCUUACAGUUUGACUGAAUUUCAAAUAUUCAAGAAGACUCUGGUGAUUUCUUUCAUCCCUUUCCUAUAGUUUUGAAGAUAGGAUGGCCUAGAGGAUGGAGAUGAACUGGCUUUCCAUUUUUCAGGAAAAACAGUGCUCCUUAAAAAAGUCAUGUUACAGAAUCUGAAUAAGCUCCAGUGGCAGUAGAGUGCUAAGCAUUGAAUUACUUAAAGUAGAAUUAUUUAAAUAUGACAUUUAUAUGGAUUCUUUAUCAUGUAUGGUUCCAAAGAUAUGGUUUAACACCUUAGCCUCAAUAGAUAUAGCAAUUAAAUAGGAUGUACAGAGUAGUGGGGAGGGGGGUGGGUAAAGAAGAAACUAGAGAUAUUUUGUGGUCCUAUAACAAACAGCAUUUAAGCAUUGUGUUAUGUAAUGUCUUUUGAAAAGAAUGGAAUCACGGAGGGAACCAGCUGAGACACUUUGAGAAUUUACUUCCAAAAGAAUGUCUGGAUAGUUUUGGUUAUGAUCAUUGAGAUUCCUUUACUCACAAAACAUAGCUUUAUAAAAUCCGUCCUCGCAAAACUAUGCCUCAAGCUCUGCUGUUUUUGAUUCUGAUGUUGAUACUGACCAUGCUGUUCCUCAACAUUAUGUUGUUUACAUUGGCUCCUCAGUAUGUCAUGUAUGGGAGUCAACAUUACAUGGUCAGUGACCCCUUCAAUUGCACUCUGUUUUUUUUGCAUUGCCAACAUAAACACAAGGAGACUUGGAUGACUUUGAAAUAGGCCCUCAUACCAUUUUCUUCAGAGAGGCAGGCCUUGAAAUUGUGAGAAGAGCAACAGGACUACCCUCUCUUGGAAGUUGUUUGAAACUUAAACAAAAAAUGAAAUUAAGAUGGCCCUGAGUUUCUGGACACAUCUUUUCAAACUUUGCAGAAAGUUGAUUCUUAACUUACUGAUUGUGGUUUAUUGAUAAAAAUUGGAGUCAUUUUGUCACUUUUUGUAUUAGAGGCAUGAAAAGCUAAAAUUUAAAAUGUGCUUCUAAGAGGGUGCUGUGUUACUAUGGUAACCUUUUAUGUUAAAAAAAAAAAUUGAAGUUUUCACAAUCAAUUUCUAGAAAAAAAACUAAAAAAGUGUGGAAGGUACAAUCCUUGAAAGAUUUGGUGCUGUGAAAUAAUAUACCCAACCAUUUUAAUUUUUUUAAUAUCAAUUUUGUAUUUCUCAGGUGAAGACCUAUCAUACAGUUUACAUCAAUGGUACUCAUGGUAAUGUCACCCAUCUAACAAAUACCACAUCUGUAACUACUGAAACCAAAGUCUGCUCCACUGAUGUUCCUGAAGGUUUGUGUAGAUUUUUUGAUGAUUUCAAGUCUCUUGUACAAGGUUUAUCAACUUUCUAUGUUACAUAGUGUGCAAGUAUUAAAAAAACACUUAAGAGGUUACCUGGGUACUCUUCUGUCUUAUGUCUAUUUACCUGAGGGUGCUCUUAAGAGAGAUACAUGUCAAAUAGGGAUAGAAGCACAUAGGGGAGGAUGCUUGUCAAGGAAUACCUUUUGCUGGAUGCAAAUGGCCUAUAAUCAAUGGGACUUAACAGCUUAUAACUAGGGGUACUUUGUCUUACAAGUGGGCUUUUAUAUUAGGGGUAUUACUGAUGUAGUUCAUACAUAAUUAUCUUUUCCCAAAACUUAAAUGUUUUUUCCUGUUUCUAUACAGAUAAAUGCCUGAUGACAAGAGCUGCUGUAUUUGUAAACAGAUUUUUCUACAAAGUUUGGUUCUUUGGGGCUUGCUAUUACUGGGGCACAUGGCUGUUCUUGGGAGUAAGUUAGAUACUGUUUGUUUUUGUGCAUUCACUGUUGACCAGUGGCUUGUUGGCUUGUGUCUUUGACUCAGGAUCAAGAGGUCCAGGUCUGAAACCAGCCUAAGAUAUUGUGAUGUUGUUGAGCAAGAGGCUUCACUCCGGCUGUAGCCUUCCCCACCUCUGAGUAUAAAUGGCUACCAAAAACGUUUGGUUAAACCUGUUGAAACGGUUGGAGGAGAGGGGAGGGGGGGUGUAAACUGGCAACUGACUUACAAUCAAUCCAGGAGAGUGGCAGAACUGCCAGGAGGGGCUUUAUGUCAAAAUAACCAUGAUAUGCUUCAUGUAAUAGGCCUGUUAGACUUGUAAAACUUGAUGUUUAUAAAAAUUGUUUUAAGGUGCAGCCAUGGUAUUAAUAUAAUGCCAUUAAUUGAAUACCCAUUUUUUUGUGACAGAUUUAUGUGAUUGGGUUAGGAGUAUCCAUAGCAAAGAAACGCAAGUCAGUGGUAGAUGAGGAACUGGAUUCCAGUGAUGAUGACUCAGAUGAAGAGUUGAUUAGUACUUAG